AUGGUCGGACUUGUAUCGGCCGCCGGUCUUGUCGGCUUCCUCUCCGAGCCUGACCCAGAGCUCAAGGUCUUUGCUUUAAAGACAUUAGAUUCUCAGAUUGAUCAUCUCUGGACGGAAGUCGUCAACUCUGUUCCCGAAAUCGAGGCUCUAUACGAAGAUGAAUCAUUCUCCGAACGUGGACUAGCAGCGCUAGUCGCAUCUAAGGUGUACUAUCAUCUUCAGGAAUAUAACGAGAGCAUGGUUCUUGCUCUGGGCGCAGGCAAGCUGUUUAAGUUGGAGAACGGUGGCGAAUACGAAGAGACAAUCAUCGCGAAAUGCGUCGAUACCUUCAUUUCUCUAUCUGCUGCCCAAAGGCCCACUACCGGAGACCAAUCCGCCAAUCUCAACACCGCAUUCCCAGCAUCGGGUGACGGUGCCACAAGCACAUCUGCCAGCCUUACUUCCCCGAUCACACCCUUCUCCAAAUCCGCCUUGCCCUCCAAAUCAUUGCUUUCUCGCGCAGAGGUGCCUGGAAUCGAUGCCGCACACCCUGGUGGCGAUGAUACCAGCGUGGUGCACGAGGAGAACUCCCUGGUGCUCAAGCGUGGUGUUCAGGGACAAUUGCAAACUGUUAUCGAGCGACUGUUCGAAGAAUGUUUCCGACAGAAGCGAUACCGCCAGGUAAUUGGAAUCGCCAUUGAGGCAAAGAGCUUGGACGUGCUCCGCAUGGCCAUCCUCCGCGCCAGCAAUGACGAGAAACAACAGGAGGGUGAUUCUCGCCGAAGCGAGGAACUAAUGGAAUAUGUUCUUGACAUCUGCAUGGGUAUUGUUCAGGAACGGGCCUUCCGCAGCGAGAUCCUGAAGCUCAUUCUGGAGCUCCUCAAUGAGAUCCCCGCACCCGACUUCUUCUCCAUUGCCAAAUGCGUUGUCUACCUUAACGAGCACUCCAUGGCCUCCAACAUCCUGCGCCAAUUGGUCGAGAAGGGUGAUGCGCGCUCCCUUGCCGUGGCCUAUCAAAUUUCCUUCGACCUUUACGAUAACAGCACACAAGAAUUCCUGCAGAAGGUUCGACAAGAAAUCGCCGAACUAGUCCCGGAGGAACAGACAGAGACCAACGAGGAGGAUUCUGAGCCGACAGAGUCCGAUUCCCUUAUCCAGAACCAGGGAAGCUCGUCGCGGCGUUCCAACCAGAAGUCUGAUCUUUCAGACGAAGCCCUCACUGCCUUCAAGAACAUCCUCCAGAUUCUCGACGGUAUCAAAACCAUUCAAUUAAACCUGGAAUUCUUAUACCGCAACAACAAGGCCGACAUCGCAAUCCUUAACAAGAUCCGGGACAGCCUCGAGGCUCGCAAUUCAAUUUUCCACACUGCAGUCACCCUCUCCAACGCCUUCAUGCACGCCGGAACCACACACGACAAGUUCUUCCGUGAUAACCUCGAGUGGCUCGGCAAGGCCGUGAACUGGUCCAAGUUCACAGCUACUGCCGCACUGGGUUGUAUCCACCGCGGUAACCUCAGCCAGGGCCAGAAGCUUCUUCAGCCCUACCUCCCCCGUGAACACAUUGCCGGAGUCGGUGGCUCUGGAUCUGUCUACAGCCAGGGAGGUUCUCUGUACGCCUUUGGUCUCAUCUAUGCCAACCAUGGAGGUAUGGCCGUUGAUAUCAUCCGCGACCACUUCAAGAAGGCUACCGAGGAGGUCGUUCAGCACGGAGGUGCUCUCGGUCUCGGUGUCGCCGGUAUGGCCACCGGUGACGAAGGCAUUUACGAAGACCUGCGCAACGUCCUUUACACUGACUCUGCCCUCAAUGGUGAGGCUGUCGGCCUUGCCAUGGGUCUGAUCAUGCUUGGUACUGGUAACAUGAAGGCUCUGGAGGACAUGAUUCAGUACGCACACGAAACACAGCACGAGAAGAUUGUCCGUGGUCUCGCCAUGGGUAUGGCUUUGAUCAUGUAUGGUCGUCAGGAAGCUGCCGACGAGCUAAUCAACGGUCUACUCGGAGACCCUGACCCAACUCUCCGCUACGGUGGUAUCAUGACCAUCGCUCUGGCUUACUGUGGCAGUGGCAGCAACAAGGCUGUUCGCAAGCUUCUGCACGUCGCCGUCAGUGAUGUCAACGAUGAUGUCCGCCGUGUUGCCGUUCUCAGCUUGGGCUUCAUCCUGUUCCGCAAGCACCAGAGCGUUCCUCGCAUGGUUGAGCUGCUCUCCGAGUCAUACAACCCCCACGUCAGAUAUGGUGCCGCCAUGGCUCUUGGUAUCUCUUGUGCCGGAACUGGUCUGGACGAAGCGAUUGACCUCCUCGAGCCCAUGCUCAAGGACUCCACUGACUUCGUCCGCCAGGGUGCUUUGAUCUCCCUCGCCAUGGUUCUUGUUCAGCAGAACGAGGCUAUGAACCCUCGUGUUACCAGCCUCCGUAAGGCCAUGAUGAAGAUGCUUGGUGACCGUCAUGAGGAUGCCAUGGCCAAGUUCGGCUGUGCCAUUGCUCUUGGUAUCAUUGACGCUGGUGGCCGCAACUGCACUAUCAGCUUGCAAACCCAAACAGGCAACCUCAACAUGCCUGGUAUCGUUGGUGCCGCUGUCUUCGUGCAGUACUGGUACUGGUUCCCUCUCACACACUUCCUCUCCCUCAGUUUCACCCCAACCUCCGUCAUCGGAGUUGACCAAAAGCUCGAGGUUCCUCACUUCAAGUUCCACAGCAACACCCGCCCUAGUCUCUUCGACUACCCCCCUGAGCAACAGGUCAAGGCCGAAGAAGCUCCGGAGAAGGUCAAGACUGCUGUUCUUUCUACCACUGCUCAGGCCAAGCGUCGUGCGCAGCGUCGCGAGAAGCAAGCGCGCCGCGAGAGCAUGGACCUUGACCAGGCUCCUACUACUCCUAAGGCUACCGAGCCUGACGCGAUGGAGACGGACGAUGCUCCCAAGGAGGAGGGUGAGGAUAGCAAGGACGUCGAGAAGAGCGCUACCGAAGUCCAGAAGAAGAAGGUUGAGCGUGAGAAGGUUGGAUAUGAGCUUGACAACCUCUCAAGGGUCCUGCCCGCUCAACUCAAGUACCUCACAUUCCCCGAUCCUCGUUACGAGCCGGUCAAGCGACCUACUGGUGGUGUCGUUGUUGUCCUUGAUAAGCAACCCGAGGAACCUCGUGAGGUUGUCGAAUUGAAGGCCAGCAAGGAAGCCCGCCCACCGCCUCCCUCCACCGAGACUCUGCAGGACCGCCUGCAAGCCGCCAUUGGUAAUGCGGCCGCACGGGGGGUCCCGCAGACCCCUACCCGUGACGACCCUCUGGCUACUCUCUCCGCGAUCGCUGGAGGUGCUGCUGCCGGAGCUGGUGUGUUGACGGCGGUGGAUGAGGAUGAGGAAGGCGUCGAAGAUGCUCCUGUCCCCGACGACUUCACCUAUGAGUCGGAUGAGGAGUAG